GAACAACAACAGUUGUUUACUUUUCUUUUCUCUUUCGCUGUUUCGUCUCUCUUUUCUCUCUCACAGCUCUCAGAAUCCGUUCUCCGUUCUCCGUUUUGAUCUCUCUCCGUUAUUAUUCGCUAAUCUUCUACUUCAUUUCCUAUUCAAAACGCAGCGAACGAUCUGUUUCCAAUUCGUUUGUAUUGUUAUUUGGAUCGAUCAGACAGAGAAUCAAUGUCGUUCUCAGAUUCUGACGCGUCAUCUUCCGGUGGCGAGUACAAAAAUUUCAGGCAAAUCAGCCGUGAACGUUUGUUACAUGAAAUGCUUCGAUCAGCAAAAACAGGGGAUUCAAAAUCAACAUGGAAGGUGCUCAUCAUGGACAAACUAACUGUAAAGAUAAUGUCUUAUUCGUGCAAGAUGGCUGAUAUAACACAGGAAGGAGUUUCAUUGGUAGAAGAUAUAUACAGGCGAAGACAGCCAUUACCUUCCAUGGAUGCUAUAUACUUUAUCCAAGCAACAAAAGAGAACGUUGUCAUGUUCAUGUCAGACAUGUCUGGGAGGUCACCUCUAUACAAGAAAGCAUAUGUUUUCUUCAGCUCACCUAUCUCAAAAGAUUUAGUCACGCAUAUUAAGAGGGAUGGAACUGUAGUGCCUCGCAUUGGAGCACUCAGAGAGAUGAAUUUGGAGUAUUUUGCUAUAGAUAGUCAGGGUUUUGUGACUGAUAAUGAGAGGGCUUUAGAGGAACUUUUCGGUGAUGAUGAGGAUUCUCGCAGAGGUGAUGCAUGUUUGAAUGUGAUGGCUACACGCAUAGCUACUGUUUUUGCCUCUUUAAGGGAAUUUCCUCUUGUGCGAUAUCGUGCUGCCAAGUCCCUUGAUGUAACCACAAUGACAACUUCUCGUGAUUUGAUCCCAACAAAACUUGCUGCUAGAGUUUGGGACCGUCUGGCACACUAUAAGAAAGAUCAUUUUCCUCAGUCAGAAACAUGUGAGCUACUUAUAUUAGAUAGAUCUGUAGAUCAGAUGGCUCCUAUCAUACACGAGUGGACAUAUGAUGCCAUGUGCCAUGAUUUACUUAACAUGGAGGGAAAUAAGUAUGUUUAUGAGGUUCCUGGCAAAGCAGGUGGUCCUCCUGAGAAAAAAGAGGUUCUUUUGGAGGAACAUGAUCCCAUAUGGCUUGAGCUUCGCCAUGCUCAUAUAGCAGAUGCUAGUGAACGAUUGCAUGAGAAGAUGACCAACUUUGUAUCAAAGAAUAAAGCUGCACAAAUUCACAAUGGUUCAAGAGAUGGUGAACUUUCCACACGUGAUUUGCAAAAGAUGGUUCAAGCAUUGCCACAAUACAGUGAACAAAUUGAGAAACUUUCCCUUCAUGUAGAGAUUGCAGGAAAAAUUAACAAAAUUAUCAGGGAGAUGGGGCUUCGUGACAUAGGUCAAUUGGAACAGGACCUAGUUUUUGGAGAUAAAGGAACAACUGAUGUAAUUAAGUUUUUGAAUACAAAUGAGGGUGCAACACGUGAAAAUAAGUUGCGCUUGUUGAUGAUUCUUUCAGCCAUAUAUCCUGAAAAGUUUGAUGGUGAAAAGGGUCGGAAUCUAAUGAAGUUAGCUAAUUUACCAGAAGAUGACAUGAAUGCUGUGAAUAAUAUGAGAUUGCUUGCAUCUCCAGAAUCAAAAAAGAGUUCAUCUGCAACUUUUUCUUUGAAGUUUGACAUUCACAAGAAGAAGCGUGCCGCUAGAAAAGACCGAGCUGCCACUGAAGAAACAACAUGGCAAUUAUCUCGAUUUUACCCUAUGAUAGAGGAACUUAUUGAGAAACUCAGUAAAGGAGAAUUAUCAAAGGAUGAAUAUCCAUGUAUGAAUGACCCAAGUGCAAGCUUUAAUGGGACAUCCCACCCUGCAUCAGUAAAUCAAGCUCCAGUUGCCCAAUCGAGAAGAUCAAGACCAGCAGCAACAUGGGCUAGACCUCGAAGUUCUGAUGAUGGCUAUUCAAGUGAUUCGAUACUGAGACAUGCAUCUAGUGAUUUCAGAAGGAUGGGCCGGCGUAUUUUUGUAUUUAUUGUAGGUGGGGCUACUAGAUCUGAGCUAAGGGUAUGCCACAAGCUUACAAGUAAGCUACAAAGGGAAGUGAUUCUAGGCUCAUCAAGUCUUGAUGAUCCUCCACAAUUUAUUACGAAACUGAAACUUCUUACGGCAGACGAAUUAUCACUGGAUGAUCUACAAAUAUAAUUUCGGUGGGAGCUUCUAAUAGGUUUCUGAUCCCAUUUGUAUUCACAGAUGCUUGCAAAUUUAUUGUAUCCAAUUUUGUGUUUAGUGUAAAAUGUCUGCAAGUAAACAUCAGUCGUAACUAUGUAUUAUAUAGCAUUCAAGUCGCGAACUGUAAUGGCUGUACUGGAAUUGCUGAGAAUUUAUUUGUAUAUUAUUAUUUUACUAACCGAAUUAGAAUAUCAACGGACUUUGAGAUGUAAAAACAAAAGUGGUUACUGAUCCAGUUAUAUUGCUUCUGUUUGAUCGUGUGAA